AUGAAGAGAAUCACCAUCAUCACCUCCUUCUCCGCUAUUAUGGGCACGGUCGUCACAUCUGCCGCUCCUGCCGAGAAGGCUGCCAGGGCCGAAAUGGCCACGAUCUGUGAGGUCACUAUGGCGCCCUUCCCCAACGCUGUCUGUGAACCCUUCACUACUUCCGACGACACUGUCGUGGCCGUCUUCCGCCUGGAUCCCUCCAAGGCCAAGAAAGGCAACUUCAACGUCAUGAAGACUGUCAGGGACAUCAACUCUGAUGCCACCAUCUGGGUCCCCAACGAAAAGGUCAAGUCUGGUCACGAGGACUUCUGUGACAACGCCAACGGCCUUCAGUCGGGUCAUAUCAACCCCUACAUGCCCCUCGUCUCUGACUGCCUCGUCAUCAAGGAGUGGGCUGCCUCCAACGCUGGCCACUGGGCCGUCUCCAAGGCCGACUUGGACAAGCACCGCUGGACCGCCCUCUCUGUUGUCAACACCUGCGCCUUUGUCAUCGGCGCUACCAAGGAGAACCGCCCCAACGCUGGUAUCAACAUUGGCAACCAGGAUGUCACCGAGAUCAUCCAGCAGGCUAUCUAG